AUGCCUCCAGACUUUGACACCAACAUGAAGUUUAAGUUCUCGAUCCUGGCGCUUCUUCUGGAAGUGAUUGUCAUCAUUUUGUUUGGGAUAUUUGUGGAUUAUGGCUCAGAUCAUUCUAGAGCGUUAUACCCACACUUUCAGGAUGUCCAUGUGAUGAUAUUUGUUGGAUUUGGCUUCCUGAUGACCUUUCUGAAGAAAUAUGGAUUCAGCAGUGUUGGUUUCAACAUGCUUAUUGCCGCCUUCGGUCUCCAGUGGGGAAUCCUGAUGCAAGGAUUUUGGCAUAUGGAAAGUGGGAAAAUUUCUGUUAACAUUGAAAGCAUGAUAAAUGCAGACUUCAGUACAGCAACUGCUUUGAUUUCGUUUGGAGCACUCCUGGGGAAAACAAGUCCCAUUCAGAUGCUGAUCCUGACUCUCCUGGAGAUCACCAUGUUUGCAUGCAAUGAACACCUAGUUACCAAAGUAUUCAAGGCCACAGAUGUUGGAGCUUCCAUGACUAUCCAUGCUUUUGGAGCUUAUUUUGGUUUGGCUGCAGCUUUCGUCUUGUAUCGUCCUGGUCUGACAAACAAACAUGACAAUGAUGAAUCCACCUAUCACUCGGACAUGUUUGCCAUGAUUGGUACCCUGUUCCUUUGGCUUUUUUGGCCCAGUUUUAACUCUGCCAUUGCAGAAGCCCAGGUUACAGCCAUUAUCAACACGUACUACUCCUUGGCUGCCUGUACCAUCGUAACAUUCGCCCUGUCCAGCUUGGUGGAUAAAAGAGGCAAAUUCAGUAUGGUUCUCAUUCAAAAUGCCACCCUGGCAGGAGGAGUAGCAGUGGGUACCUGUGCUGACCUGGAAAUCCACCCUUUCUCUGCCAUGUUCAUUGGGGUCAUUGCUGGAAUUGUCUCUGUCCUUGGGUUCCAGUUCCUGACUCCUGUGAUGGCAUCCAAGUUGAGAAUUCAAGACACUUGUGGAGUUCAUAACUUACAUGGUUUACCUGGAAUUCUGGGGGGUAUUGCUGGCAUCGUAGUGACUGCGAUAAAAACAGAAAUUAGGAAUGGUCACGAGCUGACUCCUGCCAUGCAGGCUGCUGCCCUGGGAAGUACACUUGCAAUUGCAAUUGUGGGAGGAGCACUCACAGGUGCUAUUCUAAAGAUCCCUUUCUUGGGACAAGUAUCUGACCAGAACUGCUUUGAUGACUCUGCUUAUUGGGAGGUUCCAGAGGAGGAGACAGUGCCUGAAAUUCACUCCAGCCACCGUGAUGAGCACAGCAGAUUUGAAGCUGCCAUGUAGAAAAAUUAUUAAUCUGCAGUAUUUGUCCUAAUGAUGCUCUUUUCCGUUUCCAAUGCUAAGAAACAACAUCCAAGUAUUGUCCCAACCACACCAGGUUUUCAAGAAAAGGCUGAAGAUGUGUAUAUUUUUGUAAAAGAAAACAAGUUUUAUUUUAGAUUACUUAGUCAUUAUGCCAAGCUCAGGCGAAUAAAUUAGGUCUUUCUAAUAUAUUUGUUCAUCAGAAAAAGGCACCACAAAUUGCUCUUUAAAAUUAUCUAUAUAUUAUCUUUUGUUGUCACUGACAACAAUAUAGCUGUUGUAAUAAAUUUUGAGUUUCAAGAUUAUUACAGGACAAUAUAUUUGAUUGAGAGAUUUCUGAGUUACAUACUUCAACUGUAUAGGGGUAAUAAAAAAGAAAUUAAUUGAUAUUUUUUAUAUGGAUUUGAAAAAACUUUUCACCAGAGUACCCCAGCUUAAAUUUUUGAGAGAGUGUGUUGUCCUGUUUUCUGAUGGAGGACAAAACAUGCUGUAUUUUGAAGCUUGAUUAUGACAGGAAGCAAAAUGUUGAAAUAAUUCUUAUGGCAAAGAACAGAAUACAGUGAUUGAUAAGGUAAUAUGAGUAUCAAGAUUCAUUGUUAAUAUGUUUUUUGAAAGGGAAAAGAAAGUGAAAUUGUAAAAAAAUCAUUAUUGUCAUAGAUCUAUUUAUUUAUUGUCAUAGAUUUAGUUAGUUUCAAGGACAUAAUAAGGGAACUGAGUAGGAGCUAUGAAAACCAAGUGAUUGCAUAAUAGGUUUUAUUCUAUUCAACAGUAAUAAGUGGAUUGUAGCAAUGUUAAUUGUGGUAUUCACAUGCCCUCUGAACAGAGAGAAGCUGUGAGACAAGCAGAGAAAAAGGAAAACACAAUUCUUAUCUCACUUGCUGUGCCUGUUUUGUGCUAAAGUAGAAUGCAAUGUGGAGAUUGUUUACCCAAAGUGAGGAUGUUUUGUUCCCUGGGCCUAUCAGGGCCAAGAAAUGUGUGUGUGUGUCAGACUGUAAUGGGAGAGAGAAUCAGAGAUGAGUGCAGUGUGAGCAGUUGUGAGCAAGAGUGAGUGCAUGGCAGAUCCAGUUUAGAUAAAAUGUACAUAGUAUAGUAUAAUAAAGCAAUUCCUUAGCCCUCUGAUGAUGGAGUCAGAGGCAUCAUUCUCUCACCCCCUCAUUGGAGUCACCUUUGAUUUACAAUAGUUAAUGGCAAGAAAUAUAGCCUGGACUAAUGCCAGCUCCAGAAAAACAUGAAUUGUUUGGAACUGAUUGGAAAGAAAUUAUGUUCAACCUGCAGAAGACUCGGCAGAGAGCUUUCAUGGGGCGAGUCACUGACUCUGAAAUCACUUUCUUCUAAAAGAAGUGAAAGCAAAAAGAAGAAAACUCAAGCUAAAUUGAGGGAAAUUAACUUCAUCAGAGAAGUGAUGACAGUGGCUGCUCAGUCCGGAGACAAAAAUUGAGGCAGCUGAAGGAAUUCCAUGAAGUGCCUUCCUGCACAGGAUAAUCCAUUGAGAGACAAUGGAUGGGAAGUGGAACUCAAGCAGCAGGAACACAGUGCCGCAAUCCAUCAUUCAUGGAAAGUUACUGCUGAUGUCUGAAUAACAAGCCAAAGAGGGUGAACUUUCAACCUUUUUUUUUAAUACUAGGAUCUUAUUUCAAGUCUUACUUAUCAAACUUAGGGGAAAACUCCUCUCAUAUAAAAUAGCACAUACAUUUUAAUUUCUGCUGAUGUAUUUUUCCUUGAAAAUCUUUAGAAAGAUAUA